AUGUCUCAGGAGUCAAGAGAGCGCGAUAAUACUGACCUCUUUGACUGGGAAAAUCAGUCAGAAAUCCCCCACGAAUGGGGUGAUGCGCCGGAAAUCCUGCUUGACCCUGAAACUGACACCAUUACUGGGGUUUUUGGCAAGAUGCCGACUCCCUUGAAAGGCUGUGGGUAAACAUGUCUGCUAAUCAGCUACACUACCAAUGCCUUCCCUGGAGAGUACAUCCCCACGGUCUUUGACAACUACUCUGCCAAUGUGAUGGUAGAUGGGAAACCAGUGAACCUGGGUCUGUGGGAUACAGCAGGGCAGGAGGACUAUGACAGGCUCAGGCCACUGUCCUACCCGCAGACGGAUGUGUUCCUGAUUUGCUUUUCACUAGUCAGUCCAGCCUCCUUCGAAACGUCCGUGCCAAGGUCAUGGUACCCUGAGGUGAGACACCACUGCCCCAACACACCUAUAAUCUUGGUCGGAACCAAGCUGGAUCUGAGAGAUGACAAGGAAACCAUCGAGAAGUUGAAGGAGAAGAAACUCUCUCCCAUCAUCUACCCUCAGGGCUUGGCCAUGGCUAAAGAAAUAAGUGCAGUGAAAUAUUUGGAGUGCUCAGCUUUGACCCAGCGUGGCCUUAAAACGGUGUUUGAUGAAGCCAUCAGGGCAGUCCUGUGCCCGCCACCUGUCAAGAGGAGGAGGAGGAAGUGCCGUAUAUUGUAACGGAGAAAAACGAGGAGUAGCAAAUACGGUCGCAAUCAGAACUCGCCUACUUGGAGGGAAAAGAUGACAACUGGGUUAUUUUCACCGUGUCCACUUUGGUAGAUCAGACUUCCAUCUGAAAGAACUUUACAGAUUUAAGCAGCUCAGAAGGGUUUCUGUCAGAUCUUUCUCUGGGUUUUACAUCUGUUUAGUCCUUUCAGGUUAACAGGAAAGACGUUAUUUUUGCUAAGGCCUUGGGGAAUGGGAGGGUGGGGGGAUUGAUUGUUGAUGUGGGGUUGAUAAUAAAAAGAAAAAACAAUCGUCAGUUUUCUGAGACAUUGUGAAGAAACGCUACAUGAAGGUGAAUUUAGCAUGAAACUACCAUAGAUUUACACUAUAAAAGAAGGAAGUUCUGCAUUGCACUCUUCCCCUACACACUAAGAGAUUCCUGUUGCCUUGAGAAAUUUUUGGUUUAGAGAGAGUUUUUUUUUUUUUUUUUUUUUUUUUUUUUGUAGAACAUUUUUUUCUCCUUUUUUCUUUUCCAUUGGACCAUUUUGUUUACAUGCAUCAUCCAACUAGACUGGGGUGCUGCAAAACUCGAUUAUCACUUGGUAGUCCCUCUGUCAACACUAUUAUACGUUUGUUUUUACCUGCACAACAUAUCGUCGUCAUGCAGUCACAAAGAAACCAUUUAACCCUAAAAUGACCUAAAAUAAUUUUUGAAGAACUGCUGCUCACAGAAUAAUUACAGGAGUGCAGCGAUCAAGCAUUAAAAAGACCGUCUCUGGUUAAUAUGUUGACAUUUAGUUGUCUUAUUCCUGAAUGUUUUCUAAAUGUAUUCAUUGGUCUUUUCUCAUUAUGUGAUCAGUGUUUUAUAACGACUGUCAGCCAUGUGAAGGUGCUGCGCAGCCAGUUUUGUUUUGCUCUCUCGUUCUUUAUUUUUCCUUAGAGUAAAGUUUCACCCCUUGUUCCCUGGCUUUUACCAAAUUCUCACCCAGAAAAGGUUUUUAUUUUUCAAGCUUCUUUUUAAUGUGUGAUACCCGCUGUGUCAUAUAGCCAUCAUAAAAGUGUGUAACAUUUCCUGUUGAUCCCAGCUAUUAUGAAGCCUGAGCCAGUGAAGUAAUAUUUGAAGGUUAAAACAGAUUUUUUUUUUUUUUAAUGCAUUUUGUUUUACGAUAUAACUUCACCAGUAACACCUACAUAUUAUUUCGAAAUGAUGGUCAAGUUGCAAGAUUGCUUUAGGGAACUCCACAUUUUAUCAGUGUUCUUUGGCACAGAGGAAGUUUGAUUUACUUUGAUUUAAUUUCUUAAUAAAUGUGGUUUCAUUUUCACAUA